GAUUGCUAGCAGCCACGUCUCAAAGUCAGGUGCACAGUUACGGGUAACCCAGAAAGAAAGGUGCACGUUUGUGUAUUUUGGACUUAGUUUCAUUCAACACGCCCUCAUGUUGUUGACUAUGGCGAGCAUCACUGCUGGCUUGUUAGCUUCAACUCAUUUGUAUCCAGUGUUGCCGCAAACAAAAAGCGGCUAGCUAACGUCAAUGUGCAACUUCCUCCUUUUAUAAUACUCGUCGCUAUCUCGUUUGGUUUAUUUUUCCAUUAUCAACACUCAGAGAAGAUGAUUUUUUUUCUUUCCAGCUGCUGCAGCAGAAAACCUGUCCUGGAAACAUUCCCAGCAGCCACUGCACACCUGACAAGACUGAUCAAGUGCAGGACCAAUCAGAAGAUGGAGUAACCUUUUAAAAGCUUCAUCCACCUCCUCAUCUCCCCUCUUGGCACCCACCUGUCGGGGCUCCUGAGGUCCCCUCAGGCGGGCAGGCGUGAUGCCUGGCGGCAGGCAGACUGCCUGGCAGCCGCUGUGGCGCUUCCUGUCACCCUUUGCCACCCGGCAGGAGCGAGUGGUGCUGGCCCGCAGCGAGAGCCUGCCGGGGGAACAGGUGCUGAAGAUCACGGUCACGGAGACCACGGUGAUUGAGGCGGAGUCCGGCGUGUGGAACUGGCGCUCCAUGACCUACCUGGGCCUCUGGUACUUCUUCAGCUUCUGCACCCUCUUCCUCAACAAGUACAUCCUGUCACUGUUGGAAGGGGAGCCGAGCAUGCUGGGUGCUAUUCAGAUGCUUUCCACCACAGUCAUCGGCUGCCUCAAGAUGUUUGUCCCCUGUUGCCUGUACCAGCACAAGUCCAGAGCUGAGUACCCCCCCAACUUCGUCAUGAUCAUGCUAUUUGUGGGACUCAUGAGUUCUGACAUCAUGUUUCUCAGGUUCACCACAGUGGUUCUGGGCUUGGUGAGCCUGAAGAACGUUGCGGUGUCGUUUGCAGAGACGGUGAAGAGCUCAGCGCCCAUCUUCACCGUCAUCAUGUCCAGGCUGAUCCUCGGGGAGUACACAGGGCUGUGGGUGAACCUGUCCCUGUUCCCCGUCAUGGCCGGCCUGGCCCUCUGCACAGCCACGGAGAUCAGCUUCAACAUGCUCGGCUUCUCCGCCGCUCUCUCCACCAACAUCAUGGACUGUUUGCAGAACGUAUUCUCCAAAAAACUGCUCAGCGGAGACACGUACAAGUUCAGCCCCCCAGAACUGCAGUUCUACACCAGUGCAGCAGCUGUCAUCAUGCUCAUACCUGCCUGGGUGUUUCUCUUGGACAUUCCACUGACUGGGAAGAGCGGGCAGAGCUUCAUCUUCAGCCAGGACAUCAUCCUGCUGCUGCUCUUCGACGGCGGCCUGUUCCACCUGCAGAGUGUCACCGCCUACGCUCUCAUGGGACGCAUUUCCCCCGUUACCUUCAGCGUCGCCAGCACUGUCAAACACGCCCUGUCGGUGUGGCUGAGCAUCAUCGUGUUCAGUAACCAGAUCACCAUCCUCAGCGCCACCGGCACUGCCCUCGUGUUCGUCGGGGUUUUCUUGUACAACAAGGCCCGGCAGAUCCAGAGGAAAACCCUACAGGCCAUGGCUGCUGAGCAGAACCACAAAUCCCUGCUGCAGGACCAGGACUUUCAGGCUCCUCAGUCCCACUGAGGACUCGACACUAAAGACUAAACAUGCUGCUUGACAUGGGAUCAAGGUAGUGACAGAGUUCUGUUUCCUUACCUUACCUGUCCAGACGGGAGGGCUGGAUAUUUGAGGAUCCAGGUUCUGUUCAGUGUCGAGCGUGAAGCUAACGUUAGUGAGAGGUUCAGUAAAGGUCGGUGUCUGUUCGACCGAGCCGUCACUCGUCCUGUGGAACAGUAUUUAGUGUUUGUUUUUGUUUUUUUGUCCUGAUGACUUUAAUUACACUUUAAUCUUCCUUGAUCCUCUGCUUUGUCUCAUAUUGGUCAGUAAACGGUGAAGCUCAGGGCGUCCUUCAGCUUUUUGAAGGAAGUGACUUCUGUAAGCUUUUUUGUCUUACUUCUGCAUUCCAGUGUCUCUCAUCUGUGGUAAAGCAGCUGCUGAAUGUCGUCGUGCAUAUCUGUGGAGUGUCGAAGCGGUAAAAGAUUUUAACUUGUGAAGGUGAAGAACCUACGGUGUAAAAUUUCUCUCAAUUGCAUCUGAAUAGAAGAUGUGAACAGGGCACAGGUGCCUGAGACGGGAGGCUGUUCGGAGCUCAGACUGACCAACUGACACACUUUUAUUAAACAAUGUGUGGAACAUGUGAAAGUCACAUGCUGCAUUCUACGAAUGCUCAUCUCUAAUCAUCAGUAGUUGUGCGUGUAUGUAGGAAUUGUAUGUACUUGUGUUUUCUUUUUGUUUUUUCUUUGUAAACAGAAUCACCCCCAGUGCAUGCUGGGAUAGCAGCCCUGGAAGCUAAUCAGGAAACAGGGGCUCAGAGAACGAAUGAGUGGAUGUAUGGACGAGGUGCUGUUUGUUUCACGUUUGUAAUCUUGAAGAAAAAUUUGAGUUUUGUUUUUGUAGCUCAGACGAUCAAAGAGGUUUUAAACAAACCUCACGUCAGUAAAAUAAGAAGGUGGGCGUUAUUUUUAAUAAACAAACUGUUACAAGCAUCCAUCAGUGUUGACAAAAAAACAAAACAAUUUGACUUACUGUACUUACUGCAGUUGUUUGCAUUUGCUUCCUGUGCAAAGAAGGACUCUUAGCAGCAUUACAAAUGUCAAGUUUAGACUCGUAGGAUUUAAUCUUGUAGCUACUUUAAAACAAACAGCAUGUUCAGCUGUUCAUGAAUAAAUUCAAGAGCUGCAACGACAAAUUCAAAUUAACAUUCACUCAGUUUUGCCGGUGCUUCCGUGUCUGUCCUCACUAAGUUUCAUUUUGGUGAAAGUGAAGCUUCUUCCACAGAUUUCUUUCUUCCAUUAAAAACACAUCAGUGCCAUUUUAACAUGUUGCCAAAAACAGCUGCACAGUGCCAAUAAUCUAAUAUGUAUGUGGGUCUUAUUCUGAGCGUCUCUGUGCUCCGCUCAUGUCGUGUCCAGACUUCUUUCCCACCAGGCGUCUGACAGCUACAGUGUGUUUACCAGCCGUGACGACGUCGCUGAUAUUGCUUUCACCGUGUGUGUGUGUGUGUGUGUGUGUGUGUGCGCGUGUGUGUGUGCGCGUGUGUGUGUGUGUGUGUAGGGGAUAACCACACAGGCAUUUAAAUGUGUGCAAGAUACAGUCACUAAUCUUUACAGGUGUGUCGUUCAGAUCAAGAUGAAGGCCAGUUGGGUCACGGUUUGAUUCCAUCUCAAGAUGUUCUCUAAGUUUUUGUUUUGUGUUUGCUAGUCCGACUUGAACAUUUUUAAAAUUUACAUAAUAAACAUGUUCAUUCUUCGUUGCUAUUUCCUGUAAUUGUCUGAGAAAUAGUUUUUUGUUGAAGCCUUCAUAAGAACCAGGAGGGCGCCGUUGAUUUAAUCUUGAUACCGUAUGAAUAUAUGUUUUUUACACUAAUCUUCCACAUGAAGUCUUUUGAAGUUCAAACACACGGAGCGUCAGUAAAGGUGCUGAGGUCGGACAGAGCACUAAUGAACUGUAUGUUUGAAAACGUGCAAAUCGGAUGUAAAAAAUCGUCAGUGAUGUAACUCCUGAGUGAGGAUGUGAUGAUG